AUGGCCGAGUGGUCUAAGGCGCCAGACUCAAGUUCUGGUCCUCGAGAGAGGGCGUGGGUUCAAAUCCCACUUCUGACAGUGAAAAAUGAUAGUAUAUUAUUUUGUUUCACAUUUUUCUUGCUCAAAAUCCCACUUCAAUGA